AUGAUCGUCACGAAGCCGGUGGACGUGCCGGGCCCAGCGCGGCGGCAGGCCGGCGUCGCGCGCGGGUCUGCCGUGAGUUACGCGUCCGCGCUGCUGCACCGCUCGUCCUGCCAAGCCGGAGUUGCUGCCGCGCCCAAGGCCGCCGACCCGCACCCACCCUCACAUCUCGACGCGCUUAGGCCGCAGCCACAGAAAAAGUCCGAGCCGAAAAUGCCGCCGCAGCAGCAGCGGCCGCAGGCGGUAUUGCAGUGGCCCACUUUGGGCCGGCAGUCGCAGGAGUCGUCGCAAGUCCAGGCAGUAGCGCAAGGGGCACAGGCUGUGCGACAGGCAGAAUCGCAGGAAGGGUCGCAGGCAAUAGGCCCGCAGCCAGUUAAGAAGCAGCAAGUGGCGUGGGGGCGCAACGCUCCCAGACCACAAGCGCAGGAGAAACCAGUGCUGGAACCGCAGCCGCAGCCGCAGUCGCAGCCACAGUCGCAGCCGCAGCAGCAACCGCAACAUCCGUCGCAGCGACAGUCGCAGCAGUCUCAGCCAAAGCCUAAACCCGAGGCCCAGCCAUCGCAGCGAGGUGCUGAACAGGCGAGUGACCACGAGUUCGAUUUCGACGACGUGUUCGGCCCGUCGCCCGCCUCUUCCGGGCGGCUGUCGUCUUCCAGCAGCCUCGACUCGUCGCACGACGCGUCGUCCGGUCGCCUGGCGACGGCGAGCGGUCGCAAUCUGCGCACGGUGGCGGAGAUGGACGAGGACGACCUGGCGAGCUGGAUGGCCGACGAGCAGCUCGCGGAUCGCGCGGCGGGCAUGGCGGGCGAGGAGCCCCCGGAGGUGAUCACGCACCGCUCGCACUCGCUCGUUGGACCCGCGCCCAUCACGCCGCGGCAGAGCGUCGCGCGAUCCAGCAGCCGCCGCGCGUCGCUUGACGAACCCGACAGCGCGCGACCGUCGUUGCUGGGAACGUCGCCGUGCGUGCGAUCGAUGGAGUCGCCGAAGAAGGCCGUCGCACGUGCGAUGCUAGAUGCUGGGAUGGCGGCGGAUGGGAGAGAGGGGGCAGCGGCCGUAUCAGGAACAGGAGCGGAGGGCGGUCGGGACAGUGAUGCGAGUGUCGCGAUGGAGGCGAGGGAGGAGGGGGGAGCGGCGGAGAAGGCGGACAAGGUGGGGCCGGAAGACUUCGAGCUGCUGCGAGUGGUGGGGCAGGGCGCCUUCGGCAAGGUCUUCCAGGUGCGGCGAGGAAAGGUCUUCCAGGUGCGGCGAGGAAAGGUCUUCCAGGUGCGGCGAGGAAAGGUCUUCCAGGUGCGGCGAGGAAAGGUCUUCCAGGUGCAGCACCGGUGGACGGGCGAGAUAUUCGCGAUGAAGGUGAUGAAGAAGCAGCGCAUCCUGGAGCGCAACCAGCGCGACUACAUGCAGGCGGAGCGCGAGAUCCUCACCAAGGUCGUCCACCCCUUCGUCGUGCAGCUGCAGUACUCCUUCCAGACGAGUGCCAAGCUGUAUCUGAUUCUGGACUUCAUCAACGGCGGACACCUCUUCUUCCAGCUCUACCGCCACGGCACCUUCAGUGAGGACUUGGCGCGCAUCUACACGGCGGAGCUGGUGCUGGCGGUGGGGCACCUGCACGCACGCGGCAUCAUGCACCGCGACCUCAAGCCCGAGAACAUCCUCCUCGACUCCGAUGGCCAUAUCAAGCUGACGGACUUUGGGUUGGCGAAGGAGGUGCGGGAGAGUGAUGCGCGGAGCAACUCGCUGUGCGGCACGAUGGAGUACAUGGCGCCUGAGAUCAUCCAGGCUCACGGCCAUGGCUUCCCCGCUGACUGGUGGAGCAUCGGCGUGCUGCUCUUCGAGAUGCUCACUGGGCAGCCGCCGUUUUCAUGCGGCAAUAGGCAGAAGCUGCAGCAGCGCAUCGUGAAGGAGAAGGUGAAGCUGCCGCAGUACCUCACCAGCGAGGCACACUCUCUGCUGCGUGGGCUGCUGCAGAAGGACCCAGCGAAGCGGCUGGGCAGUGGGGCGCAGGGGGUGGAGGAGAUCCGGGCGCACAAGUGGUUCCGCGGGGUGCACUGGGGGCGCCUGGAGGCGCGCGAGGUGGUGCCGCUGUUCCGCCCCACGGUGACGGGCGGCAAGCGGUGCACGGCCAACUUUGACGAGAUGUGGACGCAGAUGCCCGUGCACGACUCCCCCGCCGGCACGCCCACCAUGCACGGCGCCGACGCCCUGUUCCGCAACUACACCUUCACCGCCGCCCCGCCCGCCCUCUCCACCGUGGACAGCGACAGCGAUGGCGAGGUGGGCAGCGGCGAGUCGGAGGCGAGCGAGGAGGGAGAGGAGGAGGGAGAGGGAGGCGAGGGGGAGGAGCAAGUGGAGAGGCUGUGA